UUCGGCUGACGUCACUCAGGAAGCGGCAAAAUAGUGCUUUCACGGUCAGGUUUUGCGUCAGCGAGGUUCAGUCACAUUUUACUUUAAAACAGCCCAAUUUUUAAGGAGUUGACAGAGUAUAAUAAAGUUAUUUAAUCCUUACGGCUAUAUGCAAUUAUAGGAGCGGAAAUUAUAUUUUUCCUUUGAGUAUUUUCAUCGCCACAGACUAUUUGCACAAUGCCGAGAGGAGGUAAAAAGGGUCACAAGGGCCGUGGAAAGCAGUUCAGCAACCCCGAGGAGAUUGACCGUCAGAUGAGAGCUCAGAAGGAGUUGGAGGAGAAUGGAGGGGCUGAACGUGGAAGUUCAUCAGAAUCUGAGGAGGAGACCAGCAGUGAUGAUGAACAACCUAAAAGGAAAGGUGUCGAAGGAUUAAUUGAAAUAGAGAAUCCCAAUAGAGUUUCCCAGAAGAGCAAGAAGGUUGUGGAAAUCGAUGUCAAUGCACCUAAAGAGCUCUCGCGACGAGAAAGGGAGGAGAUUGAGAAGCAGAAGGCUAAAGAACGAUACAUGAAGCUGCAUCUCGAGGGGAAGACGGAGCAGGCCAGGGCAGACCUCGCCAGGCUGGCCAUUAUUAAAAAGCAAAGAGAGGAUGCAGCUAAGAAGAGAGAAGAGCUGAGGAAAGAAAAAGAAGCAGAAGAGGCAAAGUCGAAACGCUAACCUGAGCAUCAUGACACCGGACAGGGGCUUUUCUGGGGAGGGAGGGAGGGAGGGGUGCUAGAUAUUUAGAGGAAACAGCUCAGGGGUAUCCAUACAUGUCAUCCUUCCUCCAUCCAUUCAUUCAAUGCUGGAGGAAGAUUUUGACAUUUAUAGGAAGUUAGAUGGGAAGUGGUGUAUGGUGUUGGAGUUUGGAGUAGUCUUUUUUUUUUUUUAGUACCACCAAACGUCACACACCUCACUCCCUUCGUUGACACAUUCACUGUGCUCAGACUCUAAAGCUGCUGAAGUUUACUCUAAAUGUCUACACUUUUAUGAUGUUUUCACCAUUACAUUAGAUUGGGAGGUUAUGGAAGAGUGAGGUGUGGGGUUGCAGGUGUUGCUCACUUUAGCUGUUGUUUUCUGACGGGGACAGAUGAAGCAGGUUGUAGAACGGUCAAACACUAAACAGACAUUCAGUGUUUAUGUAUAAAAUGACAUCAAUCCUGGUACUGUCUUCAGUUUUGUCCACCUUUGUGGCCUCAUUCUGUUUAAGUGCAAAACAAUGCAGAUGUUGUCAUUUCAAGGGUAUUGGUAGGGUGUUGCUUGAGAUCAGGACGUGCAUGGACUUAAUGCUGCAGGUUUUCAAUACUGAAAGACAAUAUAAUGCAAUUUAAUCUUGGAACAAAGUAUCGCUUUCAUCAGGACAGUAUUAAAUAGCUGCUUCAGCACAGCCGACCGACUAAGUGGUUGCAUUUCUCCACAACACCUCAGGAUAGAGUAUUCACUGUAUCAUCUUCUAUAAUGCCCCUUUACUCAGGGGUUUUAUACUUCUCUUCAAGUGGGACCAUUGUUUUGGCACAACCAGACACUGAUGUGUCCUCAAACUAUUUAGAAGUGUUUUAUGCUUUAGCCCAAUUCUGGGACCGGACAUGCCUUGACUGUUUAAGGAAAGCAAUAUUGUAUUGAUGCUGAUGGUGCAACCUUUUUUUUCCAGUUCUUAAACACAACUAUUUACAUAAUGUUUUAACGUUUGUAAAGCAUUCAUCAGUACUGAAAUAUUUACAUGGAAUAUUGAUCAAUCAGUGGAGUUCCUUAUUUGAAACUUGUAUAAAAAUAAAUAAAUAAAUUGGUAAAUAAAA